UGAUCUUCUGUUUCAUUUCAAUUUACUAAUUUUAAAAAAAGGAUGGUCCCUGUUCUACUUUCUAUACAUACAGCCUAGUUAAGAAAAUUAAAUUGCAAUAUCAUUCAAAGGUGUAAAAUGAAGUCUAAGUAUUUUAGAGUAUUAUUAAUGAUGUUCAUUGUUCUGGCUCAUAGUUUUCAGAUAUCUAUUGAAUGUGAAGAGGAUGAAAGAUUGGGUUUGUUAGGUAUAAAGAGCUUCUUUUUAUCAUAUGAUAACACCUUCAAGAACUCCAAUAACCCUUUUGAUUCUUGGGUUGGAGCUAAUUGUUGCAAUUGGGAUCGAGUUAAAUGCGAUAAUGAUGAUGAUCUCACUUCUACUGCCUAUGUGAUUGAGCUUUUCCUCCAUGACUUGUUGAGUUAUGAUCCUAAUAACAAUAAUCCAACUUCUUUGUUAAAUGCUUCUCUAUUUCAAGAUUUGAAGCAACUGAAAACUCUUGAUUUGUCUUAUAAUACUUUCUCUCAUUUCACUGCAAAUCAAGGAUUCAAUCAUUUUUCAAGUUUUGAUAAAUUAGAGACUUUAAAUCUUACUGGAAAUUACUUUGAAAAUCAAAUCAUUCCAUCUUUGAUUGGACUUCCGUCGAUGAACAAGUUGGUACUUGAAGGAAAUCUAUUAAAGGGCUCUAUCACUUUACUGGGUUUGGAACACUUGACAGAAUUACAUCUCGGUGUCAAUCAACUCAGUGAGAUCCUACAAUUGCAAGGUUUAGAAAAUUUGACGGUGUUGGAUGUAAGUUACAACAAUAGAUUGAAUAUCCUCCCUGAAAUGCGAGGUUUACAAAAGUUAAGAGUGUUGAAUCUAAGUGGUAACCAUUUGGAUGCAACAAUACAAGGAUUGGAAGAAUUUUCAAGUUUGAAUAAGUUGGAGAUUUUAAAUCUUCAAGAUAAUAAUUUCAAUAAUAGUAUCUUUUCAUCGUUGAAAGGAUUUGUAUCAUUAAAGAUUUUGAAUCUCGAUGAUAACGAUCUAGGUGGCAUUAUUCCUACCGAAGAUAUUGCAAAAUUAACGAGCUUAGAAAUUUUGGAUCUCUCCCACCAUAGUUAUUAUGAUGGAGCCAUACCUUUGCAAGAUUUGAAGAAGUUAAGAGUAUUGGACUUAUCAUAUAAUCAAUUCAAUGGUACACUACCAAUCCAAGGAUUUUGUGAAUCAAAUAGUCUAUUUGAGCUGAAUAUAAAAAACAAUCAAAUCAGAGACAAAAUUCCAGAAUGUAUUGGGAACUUCACUAAUCUUAAAUUUCUUGAUGUCUCACGUAAUCAAUUAAGUGGAGAAAUUCCAAGCACAGCCAUUGCAAAACUCACAUCAAUUGAGUACUUGUCUUUUCUUGACAAUGACUUUGAAGGCUCAUUCUCGUUCUCUUCCUUGGCUAACCACUCAAAACUUUGGUACUUCAUGCUAUCAGGAAGUGAUUACGUUGGAAACAUUAUUCAAGUGGAAACUGAAGAUGAACCUCAAUGGCAACCUACUUUUCAAUUGGAAAUUCUCACACUGAAAAAUUGCAACCUCAAUAAGCAAGCAGCAGCUGCAUCAAACGUUCCUAGUUUUUUACUAUCACAAAAUAAGUUGAUAUAUAUUGAUCUUGCUCAUAACCAUUUGACUGGAGCAUUUCCUUUUUGGUUGUUACAGAAUAACUCUGAAUUGGUGCACUUGGAUUUGAGUGAUAACUUACUUACAGGGCCUCUUCAACUCUCCACUUCCAUCAACAAUUUGAGAGUUAUGGAAAUUUCAAAUAAUCUUUUUAGUGGUCAAUUGCCAACCAACUUGGGUUUUCUUCUACCAAAAGUUGAGCACUUCAACCUAUCAAGAAAUAAUUUUGAAGGCAAUCUUCCUCUAUCUAUAGAACAAAUGAAGAGUCUACACUGGUUGGAUCUAUCCAAUAACAACUUUUCUGGAGAUUUACAAAUUUCUAUGUUCAACUACAUUCCUUUUUUAGAAUUUUUACUUCUAGGAAGCAACAACUUCAGUGGAAGUAUUGAGGAUGGAUUCAUAAAUACAGAAGGAUUCUCUUUGGUUGCCUUGGACAUAUCCAACAAUAUGAUAUCAGGCAAAAUUCCUAGUUGGAUUGGUAGUUUAAAAGGCCUUCAAUAUGUCCAAAUAUCAAAAAAUCAUUUCGCAGGUGAACUUCCCGUAGAAAUGUGUUCACUUUCUCAACUUAUAAUCUUAGAUGUUUCACAAAAUCAAUUGUUUGGUAAAGUGCCUUCCUGCUUCAACUCUUCAUCCUUGGUUUUUAUAUACAUGCAAAGGAAUUACCUCUCUGGAUCUAUACCCCUUGUGUUAUUGUCUAGUGCCUCAAGCCUAAAAAUUCUUGAUCUCAGCUACAACCACUUUUCAGGACAUAUUCCUGAAUGGUUCAAGAAUUUUACAAGCUUGAGGGUUCUUUUGUUGAAAGAGAAUGAGUUAGAAGGUCCAAUUCCUCAACAACUAUGUCAAGUUGAAGCAAUAAGUAUGAUGGAUCUUUCCAACAAUCGACUCAAUGGAUCAAUACCUUCAUGCUUCAAUAAUAUAAUGUUUGGAAUCAUUAAAGGUAAUCAAACUACUCUAACUUUUAAACCUCCUGGAGUCACUACUUAUUCUAUUGGAGAUGAUCCUAAUGUUCAAGAUUGUGGCCCCUACGAUAGGUCUUGUCCUUCAACUAUGCUUUUACCUAUAAUUGAAGUCAAAGUGGAUUUUACUACAAAACAUAGAUCUGAGAGUUACAAAGGGAAUGUUCUAAAUUAUAUGUCUGGACUUGAUUUGUCAAAUAACCAACUAACGGGUGAUAUUCCUUAUCAAAUUGGAGACUUGGUACAGAUUCAUGCUUUGAAUUUCUCUAACAAUAAUCUGGUAGGACAUAUACCAAAAGUAUUAUCCAAUCUUAAACAAUUGGAGAGCUUGGAUCUUUCCAAUAACUUAUUGAGUGGAAAUAUUCCUCCUGAACUUACUACACUCGAUUAUCUUUCUAUCUUCAAUGUGUCAUACAACAAUUUGUCUGGUAUGAUCCCAACGGCACCACACUUCACAUAUCCUCCAAGCAGUUUCUAUGGCAAUCCUUAUCUUUGUGGAUCAUAUAUUGAACACAAAUGCUCAACUCCUAUUUUACCAACAGACAACCCAUAUGAAAAGUUGGAAUUAGAAGUAAAUCAUGGAGGAUUCAUUGAUUUAGAAGCAUUCUUUUGGAGCUUUGCAGCCUCCUAUAUUAUACUUCUCUUGGGAUUUGUAGCAGUUCUAUGUAUAAACCCACAAUGGCGACAGAGAUGGUCUUAUUUUAUUGAAGAUUGCUGUUAUUUCCUUUGUAAAGCUUACCUAAAAUGUAAAAAUUGAAUUGUAUAAUAAAUUAAAAGGAAAAUAAAUUUUCUUAUUCA